AUGUCUGGCAAAGAAGUAUUGCCCAAGUAUUAUCGUGAGGAGCCUGAGUUGCAAGAGCGGGUGAAGGAGCUGUUUAGGGAGUAUGUGGGGAUUCAGAGUGAUGAGGAGAUUGUGAGGCAUGUCAAGGAGAUUCGCGAGAAAGCCUGGCAACUCUUCAACUACCCUUGCAUAGGCGGCUUCAUGUUCCUCGAAAUGCAAAUCAAAGACCAUCCGCUCGCGAACGAGGUCAUCACGCGCAUGAAGACCGGCAAGGAGACGUUCCUCGACCUAGGCUGCUGCUUCGCCCAAGACAUCCGGAGCCUCGUCUUCGAAGGCGCGCCGUCGGACAAGAUGACUGCCUUCGACUUGCGACGCGAGUUUGUCGAUUUCGGGUAUGAGCUGUUUCGAGAUCGGGAGUCGUUGAAGGCGGAGUUUGUGUUUGGGGACUUUCUCGACGGGCAGGGGGGACAACGAUCUGCGGAAAGAAGGCUUCCGGAUCAUUUCGUUCUCCAUCAGAAUGGUCUGAAGCAGGAUUGUUUGAGCAUAGAUCAGGUGCUGGAUGCUUGCACCUUCGCAUAUCCGGUCUGGGAUUUAGUCGAGACCACGUCAAAACUUCGCAUGAUCACUGCUCCGAUUCGCGUCCUGAUGCUGUCGGUCAACGGUGUUGCUUCGUCUCGUCCUCGAUCUUGGGUAGCGAAGUCUCCUGCGACGUGGCAAAGUCAUGGCCCUCCCACCACGGUAUGCAUGCCUUGGCUGUCCACCCAUCUGGAGGGAAUAGCAGGAAGUGAUCGACUUUCCCCGCUAGAAGCUGUGCACAGGUUGAUCUCCUGCUCUCGAGACGGUAUACGCUUGCAAGUAGCUCCUGCCCUCGACUUGGAGCUCGUAAGCGUGGCCCAGCGCAUUCACCGCAUGUUCUUGUCGAGGGCAAUGAAGAUUUGA